GGUGGAGGAGGAAAAGGUCCCAAGGAGAGGGGUGUGGCAGGCGGUGUGCCCGCAAGCUCCAGGCUGGCGGGCCAAGUGCCCAGGGGGCCAGGAUGGCGGCCAGUCCUCCCGUGGCCUUCGCUGGAGCCCCCUCCGCGCCUGCGGUAGGAAUGGGUCUACCCGGCGAGGACACGGUGCUCCAGAAGCUGCAGGGACUUCAGGAGAUGGAAAGGGUGCCCGUGACAAAUGAAGAGAAAACAAUGUCUGCCAACCUAAAGUAUCUUUCCUUGGGAAUUUUGGUGUUUCAGACUACCAGUUUGGUUCUAACAAUGCGUUAUUCUAGGACUUUAAAAGAGGAGGGUCCUCGUUACCUGUCGUCUACAGCAGUGGUUGUGGCUGAACUUUUGAAGAUAAUGGCCUGCAUAUUUUUAGUCUACAAAGACAGUAAGUGUAGUGUGAGAACACUGAAUCGAGUGCUGCAUGAUGAAAUUCUCAAUAAACCCAUGGAAACCCUUAAGCUUGCUAUUCCGUCAGGGAUAUAUACUCUUCAGAAUAAUUUACUCUAUGUGGCACUGUCAAACCUAGAUGCAGCCACUUAUCAGGUUACAUAUCAGUUGAAAAUACUUACAACAGCGUUAUUUUCUGUGUCUAUGCUUGGUAAAAAAUUAGGCGUGUACCAGUGGCUCUCCCUAGUAAUCCUGAUGGCAGGAGUUGCUUUUGUGCAGUGGCCUUCAGAUUCUCAAGAGGUGAAUUCUAAGGAAAUUUCAACGGGCUCGCAGUUUGUAGGCCUCAUGGCAGUUCUCACAGCAUGUUUUUCAAGUGGCUUUGCUGGAGUUUACUUUGAGAAAAUCUUAAAAGAAACAAAACAAUCAGUAUGGAUAAGAAACAUUCAACUUGGUUUCUUUGGAAGUAUAUUUGGAUUAAUGGGCGUAUACAUUUAUGAUGGAGAAUUGGUAUCCAAGAAUGGAUUUUUCCAGGGAUAUAAUCAACUGACGUGGAUAGUUGUUGUUCUGCAGGCACUUGGAGGCCUUGUAAUAGCUGCUGUCAUUAAGUAUGCAGAUAAUAUUUUAAAAGGAUUUGCGACCUCCUUAUCCAUAAUAUUGUCAACAAUUAUAUCCUAUUUUUGGUUGCAAGAUUUUGUGCCAACCAGUGUCUUUUUCCUUGGAGCCAUCCUUGUAAUAGCAGCUACUUUCUUAUACGGUUAUGAUCCCAAACCUGCAGGAAAUCCUACUAAAGCAUAAUCAUGUACUAUCUUGAGCUGGUUUUUCACGACGGUGCCCUAGGAAUCUCAACAUUGAUUGUGCACAGAGGACUUCGGCAGAUUCUGUGAAGAUAACAUCAUGCUAAGUCUGAUCAUACUGUUCAAAUGAUUUGAAAAUGUGUAGGCUUCAGGACAAAAUGUGUACAUCAUCUGGAAACCCAAACUUGGAAGUGUGUCCAGAGAGUAGGGUUAGAGGGAUACUGGGAGGGGCCUGAAGUCUGAGCUCAUAAUGACUUCACCCUUUUGGUUGCUGCAGAACUGUCCAGUGCAGCCUUUGGAAGAGCACACAAAUGCAAAUACCAAUGUUUGCAAGGUAGAUCUACUUAGUCUUAUCACAUAUUUUUAAUCUUACUUUUUCUGUACAGAUAUAUCAAAUUACAUGGACUAUUCAAAGUUAGAAAAUUAUAACUGCCUAUAAAGCUGUGAACAAACAAAUAUAAUUUAAAACCAUUUUCAUGUAUCUGGGAUUUUUAUAUUCAUAGAAGAUUGCUAAGCAAAUGAUUGCUAAAUGUUAUUUGUUAAAUUACAUAAAACUUGAUAAAGUAGUAGUCUGGGUUUGAUUCAUAUUUAAAUUUAGUGUAGAGAGAAUCUAUUUCUCCCUGUGUAUCUUAGACCAUUUAUUGCUUUGAGACAGCUGAAUGCAGUUUGGUUCUUUAUAUGCUGGAGUAGCCAGUGACUUUGACACUAAUGAAGUUUUACCUAUCAUUUUCCAGUUGUAUUUCUUUUCCAUAUUUAAGAGAAAUUCUUAGUAUCACCUUAAAUUGAAUUUGUGUGUGUUGCCGUUAAAUUUUUAAUGAAGUUAAAGGGAUUAAAUACUCAUUUAAUAAUUGAAAAUAAAAUAACAAUUACUGUCCAAUCCCCAUGUGGAGAAAUCUGAACUAUGAAGUAUAUACUGUAUAUAGUUUUGAAAUGGAGAAUUUUCUCGUUAUUCUGCAGUAGGAAUUUCUUUCAAUCUGUCACUAUUGGCAGAAGCAACAAUCAAAAAAGUAGUAUUAGUCAUAUUAGUGAACCAAGAACAAACUGACUUUCUUACAGACAUUUCCUACUGCCAUUUUUAUUGUUGUUGUUGUUACUUAAGGCAGGGUCUCAUUAUGUAGACCAGGCUGGCCUCAAACUCACAGAGAUCUACCAACAGCUCUGUCUCCCAAGUGCUGGGAUUAAGGGUCUGGGUCACCCUGCCCAUCUCGCUACGGUAUUUUAAGUAGCACUAUAAUUUAAGUUCAAAGGCUAUUUAGAAAAUUUUAAGUCUUAAGAGCCCACCAUCCCUAGGAAUAACAUGAUCACGUGUCUGGAAGAGAUGGCGGCAUUCUGAGUUCCCUCACUCUGUCCCCAUGAGUGCUGCUGGGAAGGAGCAACCGUUUGCUCUAAAAUAGUACAUUUUGUUUCUUUUUAACACUGGAGUUGAGGAUACAAAUUAUGAGUUAUUUAAUAAGCUGACUCAAAAGAGAGAAUAUAUUAGAAAUAGUAAAAUGAACUGGGAGGAAAUAAUAAUUCUAUAUUUGGAAUAUAAGUUAUUUAAUUAUUGACUAUAUGCAGAAUUACCUAUUGAAUAUAAAAUGUAUUUUACUUUAUUUUUUCAUUUAUAUUAUAUAUAUAUAUAAAGUUUGUUCUAAUAGAUACAAACCUAUAAGGAGAUGACAAUUUUUUAUGUAGUUCUAAUAGAUUUUGUUAAAUGGAAUUUGACUCAGAAGUACUUUUGUUAUGUACUGUAAGGUACCCUUGGCUAACUUGGACUGGCUGUUUGAUCUUGCUAGUGCAGAUGUACUCUCCACAGUGUACAUGCCUGACCAAUUCCAUUCACUUUCAAAGUACUUGAAAUUACAAAGUGUUUAAAGUCAUUGCAUCAGCAAUAACAGAGUGAUACCAGGUUUAUGUUUUUCAGUGACCACCCUAUAGAGGUUGAACAAUUGCAUUUUGAGCGUGGUGUAAGAUACCACAACAUUCAAGCUAUGUCUAGGACCUACAACUAAAUGCAGCCUAGGUCUUGCAAAUAGAGAAAAUUCAUGAGUACAGAUCCAUAUUCAGUUCACAUUAAAGUGUUGUAUGGUCAACUGUGCUAAUACAAUGUGGAUUCACAAUUAAUGGUUACUUAGAUCUAGUCUACCCCUGUCUUAACCCUACAAUACAAAUAAGUUACUGGGUAUCAAGGUUGUUAAAGUAAUAAUACAUUUCAGGUGUCUGAAAAUUUUUAUUAGGUAUCAUUUAUAUUGUUCUUUUCUAGUCAGUUAAAAAUGUUAUUGGGCUGAAUAUAAAGUUUAAAAUUUUAUAAGGAAAUAAUCACACUUAGGGAAAAAUGGCUUGUAGACUAGAUUGUAUCAUACAUAUUGAUACCGAAAUUUUGUUUAAUGUGGGUUGUGUUUUGAUGACAUUCAAAAGUGCGAUUGUGUCAUGCUUUUAUAAUAACAGAUUAUUUAAAUUUUAUGCUUUUAAAGGUGUACUUGUUUCUCAGCUAUUUUCACUGAUAUGGAAUGUGUGAAUUUAUGGAGAAUGAGUGCCAGCUGAGACCCACAUUAAAGUUAGGCAGAGAGCUUGAUGCACCAGCAGGCCCUUCAGUGCAGCAUAGCAGCUCUUUACUGAAUGCUUUUCCAGUUGUAAGUUACUUUUGUAAUAGAAUACAUAGUUUAAAAAUGCAGAACCUAAAUGUUUACCUCAAUUCCUAUGGAAUCCCACAGAAUUUCAUAGAAAGAAAAGGCAGUUUGAUAUUUAAACCAGAAUAUAUUAAGAAAUUCCAAAAGAAAAUUGACAUUCUGCACUGAACACUUAAGUAGAAUACUGACUAUUCUUACAAAUCAAGUUAGUAGACUUUAAAUGUCUUUAUGCAAUCAUUCAACUGAGAUGUUUUGUUUUGUUUUGUUUGUUUUGUUUUUGUGGCAGGGUCUUACUCUGUAGCCCUGGCUGACCUGGAACUUGCUAUGUAGACUAGGCUGACCUAGAAAUCACAAAGAUCUGCCUGCCUCUACCUCCCAACUGAGGGGAUUUAAGGUGUGUGCUCUUAGUCCCAUGUGAGCUUUCUUUUGUUUUUAAAGAAUGGCUUGGCAUCACUCAUUCUAUUUAAACAUUCAUUGUAAAAAAUAUUUAAUUUCUAGAGAUAUAGCUUUACAUUGAAUUUAUAAAAAGUGUUUAUAUUAUAUUGAAAGUCAUCUCAAGAAUCUCCAAGAUAUUUAAAGUAGUUAUAGGGCCAAAGAAAAUGCACCUUUACCACAAUCUGGUCCUAUGUGCCUUGCUUUACCAAAUAAAUACCUGACUUUUGUGGAGACUAUUUCUGUAAUUUACAACUUUAGAUACAUACUUGAAAUUGGGAUUUUUUUUUAAAAAAAUUGAAUAACUAUAAUUCUAACUUUUGGUUGUUUCAACAUUUGCUCUUUAAAUCCAUUAUUUAGCAAACGGAUACUAAGUAUCCUAUCAGUGUAUCUGAAUAGCACUUGUUUAAGUGAUUUGUGACACCUGCACUAUGGUUCAGGUUUGAGACUUUCACAACAGUCUAUAAAUGUCUGUUUGUUGUUUUUUCCUGUAAAAGAUAAUUUGCUGUGAUUUGGAACAAUAUUUUUAAAAUAAUUUUGACCCUAAAUUGAUCUAUGUCUGUACUUCAUUUACAUAAAGUAAUUCUUUGGGGUUUGGGAAUGUGAUUUGUAUGUUUAAAUUUUUAUAAAUAUAAUUCAAAGGAAUGUAUAAACUGGUAUUUUAUUAAGUGACUUUUUAAAUGAUAAAUUCCUCAUGUCAAUUUUUUUGUAUCCAUUAUUACCUAUGUUUAAUAGAUAAGGGAAAUAGAUUCUUUUCAUAAAUAACUA